GGGACGGGCGGGGUCGCUGGGGGCCCAGAGAGCGGGCUGCGGCUGGACCGACUCCCGAACGGGACCAGAACCUGGGCCUCGGCCACAGACACUGUCCACGCUGUCCACGCCAUGAGACACUACACGGAGACUCCGAGCCGCGGAGGCUCCUGCGUGUCCUGCUGCCAAGUUUGCGUCUUUGUCUUUACCGCAUUUCUCAUCGUUGCAGAGAGAACGGCGCUCAUCUACUGCUUUGUGUACUAUCUUUGGGUGGGCCACAACUACUGCUAUGCCCAUCUUGCCGGUUUUACUGCUCUCUUCCUGCUGCCAGGCUGGGGUCCCCAGUGGCUCAGCUAUGUGUGGUACUUAUCGGAUGGAAAAAUCCGCAGGAAGUCCCUCACCUGGAUACACAUACUGCACCUGGGCAUCUUUAAAAGGAUGUGGGAAUGUAUGCGGCUCCCCGACGAGGAUGUGUACAGUGAGAUCAUGCAGCAGGCUGACGUAUCUGCCUUACGUCUGUUUGAGGCCCUAGUUGUCACACUUCCCGAAACGUUGCUGCAGACCUAUGUGCUCAUCUGUACUGACAUCGGACUCAAAUCUCCAGCCUCUGUGUGCUUUGUGGUGUGUUUGUUAUCUCUCGCCUGGGCGUUGGUACUUUAUGCCAGGGCCUGUUCACUGAUCCGACCGGGACACCUACAAAUGACACCCGCUGCCAUCCUGUGCCGACUGCUGUGGAGGGUCAGUAUGCUGGGAUCUCGAUUCGCUGUGCUCAUGCUCUUCACACGUGUGUUCAAACAGUGGGUCAUGGGUGUUAUUGCCGUGCACUGGCUGGGGGCAACGUUCUGGAUGGUGUCUCAGCAGACCGACAUAAUACGUUCAACAAGUCGUUGGAGAAUUUUCAACAUUGUUCUGGGAGCCAUUCACAUCUUCUUGUUCCUCAAUGUGAAGUAUGGUCAAUCCAGAUACCGGAUGGCUGGGUUCUACCUGGUAAUGUUCUUGGAAAAUGCAUUUCUUCUCCUGGCCUCCUCUUGGCUGUUUACCAUGGUGUCGUGGGAUACUGUUGGCAUCCCAGCUGCAGUUUUCUGCAGCUUCCUUAUUGGUGUGAUAGCAUUGGUGCUGUAUUACCGUUUCCUUCACCCCAAGUCCUUUGAGAUCUUCCAGAGUAUUCGCCACAGGGGGAUAGGCGGAGCCUGUACAGAGCGUGGAUCUACGCUAUCGCUAGAGGAGAAAGUUUCACCCACCAUCCACCGUCAUGCAACACUGUCUGGAGGUGGGACCCUCAUGGACCUUCCUCUUCAGUGGGAGGGCUGGAAGCAUCACCACUGGCUGCUGAUUCGCUUGGCAUUAAAAACGGGUAAUGUUUCUACCAUCUGGUCGGCUUAUGGUGAAGGAGGACUUGCUGGACUGAUGGGUCUGUCUGAAGAAGUUCACUCUCCUGAUUACCCUGGGGGCCCCCAGAUUCCACCUAUUCAACCACAAACUCCUCGGGUUUCACAACCAGCUCCUCAACCACCUCCCCCGCAGGUGAGGGAGGUACACCAACCACCAAAGCCAGCUCACAGCAUUGUGGUGGCCAGACCGGUCAGGCAAACCCCUCCCACAACAUUUCCAGAUAUAAGAAAGCAUCCGGAACUUAUUCCAGUCCACGAAGUCAUCCUGGAAGAGACAGCUGAAGAAGAGUCCAGCGCUGCACCCUCAGAGGAUAAAGGUGAUGAAGACUUUCAGAGUGCUGCCUACGGAUCUCCGUCACCAUCAUCUCCUCGGCAACCUGGAAGCCUCCAACAAAUUGACAGCAAUGCCGCAACCCUCACUGAGGCCUCAUCCUCUGCAGGUUCCCUGGACAUCAAGACUCCUGGCUGGUCACCUGAACGGCGCUCUCCUCUCCUGAUUGGUUCUCCAGAGAAAAAAACAGUGAUACCUGGAGAGUCCAGCACCACACUGUAUUUCAGCGCAGAAGCUCAGUCUCCAUCUAGUGGAAGCUAUCUGGGCUGGGGCUCUGAGUUGUCACCCAUCUCUACCUAUCGGAGUCCAUACCGCAUCAGGGAGGCACGUUUUGUCACAUCCACCCCACGACUGGAGUCCCGAGUUGGUGCAGAAAGUCCAGGCCCAACUCCUGUUGUAGUUAUACCUGCUACUCCAGGUACCACUCCUGGUGGUACCCCAGGUGGUACCCCUGGUGCUUCCACACCUGUUGCUUCCACACCUGCUGCUUCAACUCCGAGUGGUACUACACCUGGUACUCCAAUAACUCCACUCACUCCAGUCAUCUCUCAUGCUCGUAAACAGAUGGUCCAGUUUGUGGAUUACAGAGAGAGAGCAGUGUAAGGAGGAUGCUAUUUAAGGGGGGAAAAAACUAACUUCUUUUGUUUUUAGUUUAGUAAGUACAGCAGUUGAAGAUAUUCGUGAAAGAACACACAGAAUAACUUAGGGUAGGCUUGGUCAUGGUUCAGGUCAGUUCCUUUGCAGUCAGUCAAGGAACUGUACCCAAUAUGAAUCAAUAUUUUCCUUUUUCUUGGU